CUUCUUCUUUUUUGUCCGCCUCCUCUGUCUAACUUUAAACAUUCAUAGCUGAAGUAAUUUUGCUAUCAUGGCCAGUUUCCAAAUCUUAUUAAACUGAGUGCUGGUUGUAGGAGUUGUUUCCUUAAACAAAGCUUUCACUGUAUUUUAGUAGUGCAUUACUGUGUCAAAGACUUUAACUUUCUUCUCUUUUGUAGUUUCUUAAUAAAAAAACUCACAUCUCCAAUCAACUUGCUUCCUUUUCUUUUUCUUUUUUUCUUUUUUUGCUCUUUCUUGGUCACUGGGUUCAUGAGUUCUUCUGGGUCUUUGUUUUUUUCUUCCAACAAAGAGAGAGGAGUAGAGAUUUCUUGCAGAGUACAAAUGAGAUCAUAUGCUUCCCUUCAGCUUCUUUCUUUUGUUUCUCUAGUUCUUGUCGUAACCUGUGACUCCUUUGUCAGAGAAGAAGUUUGGGCACUUACAACAUUCAAGGAAGCUAUAUACGAAGACCCACAUAUGGUUUUGUCCAAUUGGAAUGCCUUAGAUGCAGAUCCUUGUGGUUGGUCUGGCAUUUCCUGCUCUUCUGCUCGAGACCAUGUUGUAAAGAUAAACAUAACUGGGUACUCUUUAAGGGGAUUUCUUGCCCCAGAAUUGGGUCGGAUCAAAUUUUUGCAACAACUAAUCUUGCACGGUAAUAAUCUGAUUGGGGUUAUACCAAAAGAAUUGGGAAUGUUGAAAUACCUCCAGGUCUUGGAUUUGGGAGCAAAUCAAUUAACGGGUCCUAUUCCUCCAGAGAUUGCAAAUCUAACCAGUGUCAGGAAAAUAAACCUUCAGUCCAAUGGGUUAACAGGAAGCUUGCCUCCUGAACUUGGCAAUUUGAAGUACCUUCAAGAACUUUGGUUGGAUAGGAAUAGGCUUCAAGGAUCUGUUCCUGCUAGCAGUGGCUCAGAUUUCACGUCUAGUGUGUAUGGAAUCUAUGCUUCAAACACAAACUUAACUGGCCUGUGUCGAGCAUCUGGAUUAAAAGUGGCUGAUUUCUCAUACAAUUUCUUUACUGGGAGCAUUCCCAAGUGCUUGGGGUAUCUUCCAAGCACGAGCUUCCAAGGGAACUGCCUUCAGAACAAAGAUCCAAGACAGCGUUCUUCUUCUCUUUGUGAUCGUGCUCCACAUGCCAGAACCCAUCAAACAAGAAGCCCCAAGCACCAGCCUGCUGAAGAUGUAUCCAAGCAGCACCAGAGGGCAUCAAAACCUGCCUGGCUUUUGGCUCUGGAAAUAGUGACAGGAACCAUGGUGGGCUGUCUCUUUCUAAUUGCCUUCCUAACUGCUCUUCAGAGAUGCAAUAACAAAUCUUCUCUCAUAAUCCCUUUGAAGAAAUUAUCGAGUCAGAAGGACCAUGUGACUGUAUACAUAGAUUCUGAGAUGUUGAAAGAUGUAGUGAGAUUCAGCAGGCAGGAGCUUGAAGUGGCCUGUGAAGACUUCAGUAACAUCAUUGGCUCUUCUCCAGAUAGUUUGGUUUACAAGGGCAUCAUGAAAGGUGGGCCUGAGAUUGCAGUCAUAUCUCUCUGCAUCAAAGAACAACAAUGGACAGGCUAUCUUGAACUCUAUUUCCAAAGAGAGGUGGCAGAUUUGGCAAGAUUAAAUAACGAGAAUGCAGGAAAGUUACUGGGCUAUUGUAAAGAGAGCACUCCGUUUACAAGGAUGUUAGUUAUUGAAUAUGCAUCGAAUGGGACCCUGUAUGAGCACCUUCACUAUGGAGAUGGAUGCCAAUUAUCUUGGACACGCCGGAUGAAAAUUGUCACAGGCGUUGCUCGUGGAUUGAAGUACCUUCAUACUGAACUUGAGCCACCAUUUACUAUAUCCGAGUUAAAUUCCAGUUCCGUAUAUCUCACAGAGGAAUUUUCCCCAAAGUUGGUUGAUUUUGAAAGUUGGAAGAGUAUUCUUGCAAGAUCAGAGAAGAACUCAGGCUCCAUAGGCAGCCAAGGUGCUAUCUGUGUGCUUCCACAUUCUCUGGAGGGACGCCAUCUUGAUGUCCAAGGGAACAUUUAUGCUUUUGGUGUUCUUUUACUGGAAAUAAUCAGUGGAAGACCUCCAUACUGCAAGGACAAGGGGCGCUUGGUAGAUUGGGCCAAGGACUUCUUAGAACUGCCAGAAGCAAUGGCUUAUGUGGUGGAUCCCGAGUUGAAGCAUUUCAGAUUCGAAGACCUCAAAGUUAUAUGUGAAGUGGUAAAACUUUGCAUCCAUCCAGACCCCACCAAGCAGCCUUCCAUGCAGGAGUUAAGUGCCAUUCUAGAGAGCGGAAUUGAUACAACUAUAUCUGCUGACCUCAAGGCAUCUUCUUUGGCAUGGGCAGAGCUUGCGCUGGCAUCAUAAUUGGGUUGAAGGCUUGAAGCUAACACACAGUAAAUCAGAUUCAUACAAUUGCAAUAGUCUUUUCUUUCCUUUACUUUUUUCUCACUUCAUUUUCAUCUGAGGUCCUUGUAAAUGUGUGCGUGCUAAAAAAACAAAGAGCUUCCUUUAUGACAAUAGCCUCAUUGUAUACCAUUGGAUGAUGAGUAAAGUUGACCAUAGCAAACUUUUAGUUCAA